CUGCCGUGCAGACGCACAGUGAGGUUACCAUGGGAAAAAAAAUGACGAGUGGCCGUUAAUGGUUCGCUCGAGCGCGGAAGUUAAAAGGCGGCGGAGUUGACGAGCGCUCGCGACUCGUGUGUGUGUGUAUUUGUGUUGUGCUCGUCAUGCCUGGAGAUUCAGUCCUCUGCACACCUCGCGCCACACGAGCGCCUCCGGAAACAAACGAAGAGGCUAAAACUCAGGAGCUGUUUGAAGAAGUAUCGUGUUCGUCGUCGUCGUCUCUGUCGCCCAGCUCUUCACCUCAUGCCAUGACAGAAAAAGCCAUCUGUACCAGCUGUGGCACUGAGAUAGUCGACAAAUAUCUGCUCAAGGUGAACGACAUGUGCUGGCACGUGAGAUGCCUGUCGUGCAGCGUGUGCCAAACAUCUCUGGGCAGACACAUCAGCUGUUAUAUAAAAGAGAGAGAGAUAUUCUGCAAAUUGGAUUACUUCAGGAAAUACGGGACACGUUGCGCUCAUUGUGGCAGGAACAUACAUUCUAAUGACUGGGUCCGUAGAGCAAAAGGGAACACCUACCACCUGGCUUGUUUCGCCUGUUUCUCCUGUAAGAGACAGCUGUCCACAGGAGAAGAGUUUGCCUUGGUGGAUGAGAGAGUUCUGUGUCGAGUGCACUAUGAUUGCAUGCUGGACAACCUGAAACGGGCCAUGGAGAAUGGAAAAGGAGUGAAUGUUGAGAGAGCUGUUCCCUCGGAGCAGGAAGUGAAUCAACCUAAGCCGGCCAAGAGGGCACGCACCAGUUUCACAGCUGACCAGCUUCAGGUAAUGCAAGCCCAGUUUGCUCAGGACAACAAUCCAGAUGCCCAGACUUUACAAAAGUUGGCAGAAAGAACCGGUCUUAGCCGGAGGGUUAUUCAGUUGGGAAUUGGGCAUUCCAAAUGUGCUUUAAGUCCUCGUGGUGGCGUAGUUAUUCGCCUCAAUCCGGGUGGCGGAUGAUGAAUCUCAGUUGCCUCCGCGUCUGAGACCGUCAGGCACUAUCACGUGUUUUAUCACGUGGCUUGUUGAGCGUGUUACCGCGGUGACCUAGCGUGUGUGGAGGUUUCAUGCUAUUCUCCGCGCCAUCCACACACCACGGGCCCCACUGAGAGCGAGAACCACAUUAUAGCGACCACGAGGAGGUUAACCCAGCGUGACUGUACCUACCCUAGCAACCGGGCCAAUUUGGUUGCUUGGGAAGCCUGACUGGAGUCACUCAGCAUGCCCUGGAUUCGAACUUGCGACUCCGGGUGUGGUAGUCAGCGUCUUUACUUGCGGAGAUACCCAGGCCCCCUAAAGUGCAGAAUGUUAUAGUUUGGUACAAAUACGAAAAUGCAAGCAGAGGUGUUUUUUUUUCUCUUUGCCAUCAAAUGCCUAAAAGGACACUCCAAGAUUGCACAAGUUUUCAAUCUCGGAUGAAGACCCUCCAUUAUGUGUCUCAUGCCAGAAGCAUAUUUGAUUGGAUUGUCAUUCCUAAAUCAGUUUGUUUUAUUUUACAUCUAAAUGGAUUUUAUAUAUAUAUAUAUAUAUUUUUUUUUUUUUUAAAUUGCUAUACUUGCGUGUUUUAACUUGUUUAUCACCAUAAAAAUAGCCAUGGAAGCUGGCAAGGUGUUAAAUCACUAUCUAACAAUCAUCUGUCUGC